GGGCCAUGGAGCUGGCGGCCGGGAACCUCAGCGAGGGCAACGCGAGCUGGCCGGAGCCCUCCGCCCGGGAGCGCGGGCCGCCGUUCCGCAUCGGCGCGGAGAACUUCGCCACGCUGGUGGUGUUCGGCCUGAUCUUCGCGCUGGGCGUGCUGGGCAACAGCCUGGUGAUCACGGUGCUGGCGCGCAGCAAGCCGGGCAAGCCGCGGAGCACCACCAACCUGUUCAUCCUCAACCUGAGCAUCGCCGACCUGGCCUACCUGCUCUUCUGCAUCCCCUUCCAGGCCACGGUGUACGCGCUGCCCACCUGGGUGCUGGGCGCCUUCAUCUGCAAGUUCACCCACUACUUCUUCACCGUGUCCAUGCUGGUCAGCAUCUUCACGCUGGCCGCGAUGUCCGUGGACCGCUACGUGGCCAUCGUGCACUCGCGGCGCUCCUCCUCGCUCAGGGUGUCCCGCAACGCGCUGCUGGGCGUGGGCUGCAUCUGGGCGCUGUCCAUCGCCAUGGCCUCGCCCGUGGCCUACCACCAGGGCCUCUUCCACCCGCGCGCCAGCAACCAGACCUUCUGCUGGGAGCAGUGGCCCGACCCUCGCCACAAGAAGGCCUACGUGGUGUGCACCUUCGUCUUCGGCUACCUGCUGCCACUCCUGCUCAUCAGCUUCUGCUACGCCAAGGUCCUUAAUCAUUUGCAUAAAAAGUUGAAGAACAUGUCAAAGAAGUCUGAAACAUCCAAGAAAAAGACUGCACAGACGAUUCUGGUGGUGGUCGUGGUGUUUGGAAUCUCCUGGCUGCCUCACCACAUCAUCCAUCUCUGGGUUGAGUUUGGAGUUUUCCCACUGACACCGGCUUCCUUCUUCUUCAGAAUCACCGCCCACUGCCUGGCGUACAGCAAUUCCUCGGUGAAUCCUAUCAUAUAUGCAUUUCUCUCUGAAAAUUUCAGGAAGGCUUAUAAGCAAGUGUUCAAGUGUCACCUUCGCAAAGAUUCAGAUCUGAAUGAUAAUAAAGAAAACAAAAGUCGAAUAGACACCCCACCAUCAACCAAUUGUACCCACGUGUGAUAA